UUUUAUGCGAGCGACAUAAUUUAACUAAUUUAACGCCAUAUGCACUCACCUACAUCGACACUCGAUCGUAAACAUUACGCCACCUGUUGCCCCCUUAAGCUGGAAGACACGAUGAACAUGAGCGAGUGAACACGAGUUUACGGUGUUUGAGGUCUUCAUUACUAGGAGCACGUUGGACAUCUGGAACGGGACAUUUAUUCCGAAACAGUAAAAGCAGUCACGAUGAGGAUUACCACGUCACGCGACUUGGCUUUGACCGAAAAUCCAGAAUUAAGAGAGACAUUUAAUUCCUAGUAUAACAACCUGGAUUCUCUUCUCGAUCCUACCUGUUUCAGCACGGAGCCCUUUGUGAUCCUUAUGAAUGCGGAUGGUCUUGAUUUACGUAUAUGAAUUGUUAACAUUGUUAUUAUUAAUCUUACACUGUUAGACUUAGUAUUGAGGUAGCAUCCGCUUCCUGCAGCGUGUGUGAUUGGGCAGGUGUGGGAUAUAAGAGCAGAGUCAGUCCGUCCCCAUCGCAUAGUGUGCGUAUCUGAGGACGGACGGACGGACGGGAGAGGAUGCUUUCUGCCGGGGUCACGUUGCUACUUCUCGCCUCCUGCUGUGCAGCUCUUCCCAGCUGCCGUGGGAGAAUCCUUCAGCCGGAGCUGAACGAACAGCGCUCCGUGGGACAAGACAGCUGUAAGGACUGUACGCAGAUCUUGGAACUGUUUGCAGACAUGGUAUCCAAUAAUGACACCCAGGAGAAGAUCAAGGAUGCCCUACAUUACCUUUGCAACCUCCUCCCUUUGCCAAAAGCCAAGGUCUACUGUUUGCAGCAGGUGGAUAAAUACGUGCCUGUGGCCAUCAGCAUCCUGGUGAAACAAAUUAACCCUGGGAUGGUUUGCAAAUUCUUAGGGAUAUGCAAGAAUCAGUCAGAGGACAGUGGGGCAGAGACCCUGAUCACUGGCACAACCAAAGGUGACAUUUCAGUGACCGAAGGCACAGAAACAGCACAGGCAGCGGGUCUACCUCAGUGUGCCAUCUGUGUCUUUAUCAUUGAAAGGUUGGAGUGUCUGCUGCCCAAGGAUAAAACUGCGGCUGCCAUAGAAAAGCUACUGGACCAUGUCUGCAGCAUACUGCCCAAACCCACGCAGCUGCUGUGUAACAAAUUCAUAAGCGCCUUCAGUGGGAAGCUGAUCAACCUGCUGCUGUCUUCAGCCACUCCCCGCACCAUCUGCACCAUUUUGCAGCUCUGUCAUGGCCAGGAGCUGCCCCCUCCUGUUGAAAUCCCACCCACUGACUGUCAGUCCUGCCAGACGGUGGUGAUUUUGUCCCAUUUUUACUUGGGCUCCAACGCCACUGACCUACAGACUGCCUCCUUCCUGCAGAAUGUUUGUUGGCUCCACCCAUAUGCCAUGCCAAAGUGUGAGCUUUUCACCCAGCGCUUUGGGUCCCAGCUGCAAAGUGUUCUUGGUAAAACGAGAAGUGCCCAAGACACGUGUGAGGAGGCCGGCCUGUGUGCUGCUGUCAGGGAGACUGAAGCGGAAGUCGUGAAACGCUGUGCCAGUGGCGGCCGUCAUGUGUGCAGAGACAUGAGGACAGCUAAAGCCUGCAACUCCGUCUCAUUCUGUGAGAAGUUUUUCUGGCAAUAAGGAUCAAGCCACUGGAGAGGAAACUCCCACUGCACGCGUUCUCUGCCAUCGCAACCAGCAGCUGGCCAACAAGCCCCAGACCUGCCUUCUCCCGCUCGGAUUUCAACAUCUUAUCAGCUUGGACAAACAUUCAUCUACAAUUGCAGUGUUUUUUUUCUUAUUAUUUUUAGAGACGUUUCUAAAUCCUUUGGCAAUAGCACUCUAGGCGUGUUUGAUGAGCACGUUCCUCCCGUGAAGUUACCCUCUGUUCUGCUUUUCUAAUCUAACAUCUUUUUCUAAUCAAAGUUUAAAUGAAUGCUUCUGCUUCUAACCACAGCAAAUAUUAAUCCAGACACCAGCAUGUCUGCUGAUAAGCUGUGUUUACAAAGGAUAUAUGAAAGAAAAUAUGCAGAAAAUUUUUAGUGUGAACAACGACUUGAGUGUGGGAGCAAAGAGGCACCUAAAUGUGAUUAAAUGUGUUUUCUUACUCACA